UGGCGACCAUCUUGGACCAUUUUUCACGGGUUGUUGACACGGACGGAACCCAGCCGGUCGUGAAAGUGUUUCGUGAUGUAAAACCUUAUUACAUUUAGUUUUAAAUAGAAUCAAUUAUUAUUUCCAAAUUAAGAAAUAAGUAGAAUAGGUUUCGAUAUUAAUAAGAUUGUUAGAUCUGGAGUCGUUUUAACACAAGUAAAAAAAAAAAAGAAUCCGUGAAAACAAGCGUUUACCAGGAAUCCAAGCAGUGAUUAUCAUUUGACAGUGCCAAGAAUAGUUUCUUUUUUUUUUUUUUUCCCUUUAGGAAGAAACAAAUUUUAAGUGCGCGAUAGAGGGUCCUGUUUCCUAAAGGACUAUUGAAUCGUUAGGGGAAAAAAAGAAAAAAAAAAAAAAACAAAACUUUCAAUACUACUCUCUCCAUCUUCCCGGAGAAAAUGGUUUCGUGCACAUGGUGACAUUUCUGAAUACAAACAAGGUGGUGAAUAUGCACUAUAUUCUAAUGACAAUGGGCUGAAGUAUUCUGGAUUACAAAUAUAAUAUAUGACUUCUAUAUAUACCUAGAAUAAAAGCAGGUUAUACAAACAAUGGCAACAGUGGAGGAGAAGAAGCGAGUAGGAGGCUCCAAGGUUUCAGCCAUAGCAAAUAUUUUUCAAUCAAAACCACAACUGGAUAAUUUAACUCAUAAAGGAAAUGCAAUUUUAUCGGAUGGGUUUAAGGAACCAUCUGUACCUCUAAAAGAAUCACCUACACAAGUAACAGUUGUAAGAACAGAAAGUCAUGUUGCACGUUUCAAUAAUGCUCGUGCAUUAUUUGAAAAACUUGGUGAAGAAAAUAAACCAAACAGACCUGUUGAUCGUAUUACAAAGCCAAGUAAUUUGCAUGGCCUGCGUUCUCGCUCUAGCUCUGCGAAUUCAGGUUCUGGAUGUACUUCUCCAGCUAGAUCACCACGACCACGUUCUCCAUCACCACCAGGAACUAGAGAUCACUUGAGUAAUUGGAGUGCAAGUGUACCAACUUUAAAUGCAGAAAGACAUUUUGAAAAUGGACAUAAUUAUGGCUUGGACAAUGUAACUGACAAAUUUAAAGCGCGCAUUCCAUUUAACAAAAGUGAAAAGAAUUAUGGAAAAGAAAAUCGUUUAGAUGAAAGACCAGAAAAACCAGAGAAACCAGAAAGAAAAUUAAAUUCAAAAGAAUUAAUAGAAAAACAAAAAAAUUGGACAAGCCAUUUUUCUAAAACUAGACCAAGUAGAUAUAAUUCUGACCCAAAUCGAUCAGUUGUUCAAAUUUCUUUAAAUCAGAAUUUUAAUAAAUUUUCUGGUGAUAAUAAUUCUACGGGACUUAAUGAGAUUUCAAGUAAUGUAGAAAAUGAUACUAAAAGAUCAACAGAUGUAUCUGCGAGUCCAGCAAUAAGAUCUGCAAGUUUUUGUUCUGCAAGGCCAUCGGCUGCUACAUCUCCUCCUCCACCUCCACCACCAACCAGAAAUUCUUCCAAUGCUAAUACAAAAAAAGAAAGACCUGCUAGUAUUGCCUCAUUAAGUCCAUCAGAACUUCCUAAUAGUCCAGAAUAUGCUACUAUAAACAAAUAUUUUGAAACUUCCCCGACUAUACCUGAAUAUGCUGUUGUGCAGAAAGGUUCAAAUAUACAAAAUAGUAAUAAUUUGCAACGAAAUCAAGAACAAAAAGAUGUUUCAAAGAAUGUACUUAAUGCACCUGCACAAAAAACUCAGGAUAUACCUGUACCUGAGUAUGCUGUUGUACAAAAAAGUACAACAGGAAAAGCUCUUGCCAAAAAUUCUGAGAUUAUAAAAAGCACAGGUACUCAAGCUUCUAAAACUGUAAUAAAUGCAGGAGUUAAUAAAAGCAAUUCUACAACUUCAAAUUGUAAUAUUCCUGGGCCAAUAAAAGCAAGUGUUCCUUUGGGAGAAAGAAGUUCUGGUACUUCUAGUCCACUUUCCAGCAUGUCUACAGAAAAUACAGUAAGCAGCAGUAUAUCUGAGAAUAAAAUGAGUAAAGAUAUAGAUUUCCUUGAAGCACCAGAUUAUGUAAAUUAUCCAACAAGUCCUAUACGUUCGCCACCAAAAACAUCAGAGUGGAAAAAUGAAUGGCUGGCUAAAAAUGAUGAAAUUUUGAAAAAAGCUGCAGACUUAAAAUCAUCUAGAGAUGCAUUAGAUGUGGAAAUAAAAAAUGAAGUUAUUAGAACUGAUCCAAGACCAGAUUGGGCUAAACCAUAUACAAAUACUACAAAAAGAAAAGAUGUUCUAUUAGAAGAAAAAAGAACAGAAGCAACAAAAUCACCAGAAUCUGAUUUAAGACCUCCUUCACGAGGUACUGAUAGUGCAUCUUCUAGUAUGAGCUCUCCUAGUUCACCUUCAAAAGACAGUAAAGAAGAAAAAGCUGAUAGAGAAAUGUCAGAAAAAUUUCAAGCAGGCCGUAAUAGUUAUGAUUUGGCUUCAGAGGAACAGGAAAAACCAGCCACAUAUACAGAAAUUAUUGCUGAGGAUGAUAAUGCAGCAGAAAAAGAAUCAAAAUUUAACGAAACAGACACAACUACGGUUGUCCGACGUUCUCAUGUUCGUGUUGAUUUACAAGCUGCUGGUUUGGGACAGCGGCCUCCAUCUGUUGUUAGUUCUGAUCAGGAACAUCCGCUACUAGAACAUAAAGAUAUCCCAAUACCUUCUCCAUAUACAAAGCGAGUGCAACAAAGUCAGGAUAAUGUUUUACAAAGUAAAAUAGAUAGCAAAGCUCAUAUAAAAUCUAAUACAGGAGCAAAUUCUGUUAAAAAUGUGCAAGAGAAAGUAAUUCAUAAUGUCCAAGAACCAACAAAAGUAAAUCUCAUUCCUGAAGAAACAAAUCAAUGUAAAACAUUUGAUAAUAAAUCACAAACAAAUAUUUCCAACGAGAAGCAGUUAUUAACUGAAAAUAUGUGCCAAAAGACAAUGUCUAAUGUUAAAAAUGAUCAAAUAAAAAGUUCUGCUCGAGAAAAAUUGGCAAAAAAUAAAGAAGAGGUUUCUGGAAAACGCUCGAGUUUUAUUGAAGGAGGUAAUAAGAUGGAUCAGAUUGACAAUAUGUCAUCAAAUUGCACUGAGCAUGCUCCUAUCUCUACCAGUCAUAGCACAAAUAGUAUAACAGAACCAAAUAUUAAUACAACUGAAUUGAAUGAACUUAAACAUUUAGCAGAUCCAUCCAAUGCUGUAAUAAAAACAAUAGCAAACAAAAGCAAUGUAAACGCUGAUGGAUCAUCCAAAUCUUCUAACUUUAUAAAUAAUAAAAACGUAGAAGACAUUCAUCCUCAAACAACAUGGGAACAAGAAAAACAAAAAGCUGAAUUAGCUAAAUUACGUUUAUCAGAAAACAGUUUUGUAAAUUCAAUUCAGCAAGUAAACAUAUCACCCAUAACAACAUCACAAAAGCAUUUGGAAAGAAAGCAAAUUAAUGAACUUCCUACAUCUGAAAAUAGUUUUAUAGAUGAUAGUGAUUCAAGUGAUACUAAAACUAUUACUAAUAUAGAAAAUAUGCCUCCAACAGAGGUAACAGAUAUAAAAAAUCAACAAGAAUUAAAAAGUGCAAUAGAAGAAACACCAUCUAAAGCCAAUACUUCUCAAACAGUUCCUAUAACUCCAGAUACCAUGACAGCUGAUGAGGCGGAAAAUUUAUUAAGUUCACGUAUAUUGGAGAAAAAAAUAAGACAAGGAUCAGCUCUAUUAUCGGAUGAAGAAGCACAAGAAAUUGCCAGAUUACUAUCUCCUACAAAUACUACAGAAGCAGCUGAUGAAGAAAUUUCUAUAGAAAAAGAGAAAGAUGUGGAUAAGGAUAAGGAUAGAGAAGAACAAGAUAAUGCGCCAGAUUGGCUUUCUGAUGUUUUAUCUGCUCCUGAUUCCAGUCUUAUCAAUAGCACAACUCAUGAUUAUAGUUUAUCCCACAGAUCACGUAGCGACUUGACAAUAGAUUCGUUAACGGAGAGUCAAGUGGGUUCGGUAACAGGUAGUGAAAGUGGAUUACUGGGAUCCGUUAGUAGUUUAAAUGACACACAUGAAACCAAUGAUGAUACAGAAACUGAGCACCAAGAAGAUUAUACUCCAACACCUGGAAAAAUUAUAUUGGUGGAGAAUGGAGUUCAUUAUUUUGAAGAUGGUCACUUUUGGAUGGAAGUUUCAGGCAUACCAGAGUCUGAAGACGAAGAUGAAGAUUAUCCAUCUAGUGUACCAGUUAAAAAGACUACUAAAGUUUCAUUUGAUACAGGUCCAAUGAGAGUAUAUUCGACACAUUCUGUGAAUGAAUAUGAUAGACGUAAUGAAGACGUAGAUCCUAUAGCAGCAAGCGCAGAAUAUGAGCUUGAGAAACGCGUUGAGAAAAUGGAGGUAUUUCCAGUGGAACUUAUGAAGGGACCAGAAGGUUUAGGCCUUAGUAUAAUUGGAAUGGGUGUUGGUGCAGAUGCAGGUCUUGAAAAAUUGGGAAUUUUUGUAAAAACUAUAACAGCGAAAGGUGCAGCCGCACGAGAAGGCAGGAUACAAGUAAAUGAUCAGAUUGUAGAAGUGGAUGGAAAAUCCUUAGUUGGUGUCACACAAGCAUAUGCAGCUAGCGUUCUGCGUAAUACUUCAGGUCUUGUGUGUUUUGUGAUUGGUAGGGAGCGUGAUCCAAAAAAUUCUGAAGUUGCGAUGUUAAUUCGGCAAAGUUUGCAAGCAGACAGAGAAAGGGAACAAGCUAAUUCUGCUAACAGAAGACUUAAUUUUUCGGAUGCAUCACCCGAUGGACAACGAAGUGGAGAGGAUGCACCACUUGGUGCUUCCAUAGGUGGAAUACCCGGUUCACCGGCAAUGUCUUCUUGUUCAGAGGGAGAACCACCUCAGAGUCCCAUUGAAAGUUAUUUAUCUCCAUCUAGUCGUAGCAGAUCUCCCAUUAUCAGUUCGUCAAUGCCGCCGCAUUCUGCACCUUCACAAAGUGAUGUUGAUAGUUUGAGGCUACUUUUACAAGAGAGUCAAUAUAAACUUGCAUUAGCAGAUGGAGAGGUGGAAAAACUCAAAGCAAAGUUAGUCGAAUUGGAAAAUAGUGGAGCAGGUAGCGAAGAAUAUGCAGCGAAGUUACGUGAGUCUGGUUUACGGCUCCAUGAAUCCGAAAGAGCAUUGAGUACUGCCCGUCAAGAUUUGACUACAGCUCGUGAAAUGCUGUCUCAGGCAACAUCACAAAAUGCUGCAUUACAACAAAAAUAUGCACGUGCAAAAAGAGCAGCUCGUGAACUUCGUACAGAUAUAGCAGCGAGAGAUGAAUUUUAUCAGCAAUUAUUACAAGAAAAAGAUACAGAAUAUAAUGCACUGGUUAAAAGUUUAAAAGAUAGGGUUAUUACAUUAGAAGUAGAAUUAACAGAAACACAGAGAAGAUUUGGAUUGCCCGUUCGACUUCCAUAUGAUGGUACCACAGCUAGAAUAGUAACACCACAAUUAUCACGACGUCAAUUACCACCACCACCUUCUUCAUCCAGUUGUCAACUCUCUGAUACAGAGACAUCAGAUUUAAGCAGUCCAGAUGAUGGAGACAAAACUGCAACUGUUGAACGAAAACUACCACUCCCACUUCCUGUAAAGGAAGAGUUAGAUCGUGCAGUACCAGCUCACCGACUUCUUGAUAAUUCAGCUGGUAAAAGUAAAGCUGAACUUGCAAGUAGAGGUGGUCUUGCUAAUCGUCAACUUCCUAAAAGAUCAGGAGGCCUUAGUAACAGUAGUUCGGAUUAUGGUUUAGAUGAAUCGGGUGAUAAUACCGAUGAAGAUUCGUCUUCAAAACAUAUUUCUCAGGACACAAGUAGCAGAUCACCAAAUGAUCUAACAUCAAAACAAUCAAACUUAAGUUCCUAUUCUAGUAGUUCAUCGAUCAGUUCAUUAAAGGGAAAACAACAUAUUGAAACUACUCAUACAACCACGAUUCGACAACAUAGUACAAUCAGUUCACAAGUUAGGGCAAUGACAGAGCAAAGUUGGCCACAAACCCAAAAAAGUUUAACUGGACCUCCUGCAUCGUUAGCAGAACAAUUAAAACAAGUCCUGGCUGAGAGAGAAAGGCGUCUUGGUGGAAAUGAUUUGUCCUCUUCUAGAGAAAGUUCUGGAGAUUUUAGCGAUUUGAAUAAUCCACAUAAUAAUGAUCCCACUUUAGUAACUCAUCAUCUUGUGGAAGAAAUACGACAAGCUGUGAAUGAAGCUAAUCAAAGAGUAAAAAAAGUUACGGUACCUUCGGCUAACUUAAUUAGUAGUAGCGGUGCACCAUGGCACCAUCCUGGUAGUUCUCCUUCAAGUUUAUCGUCUGGAGGAUCCGUGAGUCCACCUGCUGUUGAUCCUAGCCCAUCUAAAACAGGUAGUGCAGAUUCGAGUGAAGUUUGGUUGCCACCUCAUUCAAGUGACUUUGGUUUAGGUGACAAGAAAUCACACUUUUGGCAGAAUGCGCCUGUUACGGAUUGGUCUAAGGAACAAGUCUGCCAGUGGUUAUCAGGAAUGGGCUUGGAACGACAUGCUCCUCGAUUUUUGGAAAAUGGAAUUAAUGGUGGAAGUCUUUUACGUCUUGAAUCACGAGAAUUAAAAGCUUUUGGUAUUUAUGGCGAGGAAAAGGCGCAUCUUAAGCGGAAAUUAAAAGAGCUGAGAGCACAAGCGGAUAGAGAACGCAAGGAACGUAAAGAAAUAGAACGAAUGCGAAGAAAGGCUGAAAAGGCAGCACGAAAGAAAUAAUUUGUAAGAAUAACGAUGUUAUUCUUUUUAAACGAACUGCAAUAAUAUUGUCGAACAAAAUUAAUAUGGUAUGCAUAUUGUUGAGAUAUAUACCUAUACAAUUUUUCUUGUAU